GUCCUCCCCUGUGCUGAGCCCCGCAGCCAGCGCAGCCUUCCCGGGAAGCGCGGCGGCCGCUCCCGAGCGCAGCCCUGCCCGGCCCGCCAGCCGCGCGUCCCAGCGCCCGCGCCCCACGGCCACAGCCUUGCUGCGCUCUAGCGCACGGAGCAUGUGCAGACCCGCAGGCGCUAAGGUGCUCUCAGUACGGGGGCCUUCUGGGCAGCGGUGACUGUCACGCCAAGAGAGACCUUUCGGGGGCUCUCGCCGCACCUCUGCUGCGUCGCGGGUGACACUGCGGUGCUCGCGAGCAGGGCAGCAGCUGCCUCUCGGUGGAGACGUCUUGGGACCAGUGCGCCCUUCUCUCCUUCUUUCGCUGCUCUCUCCUUUCCUUCCUUGGCUGCUAGCUCUUUCCCUCGCCGGCUCAGACCCGUAGCCUCCGGAGCGGGACUCGUGGGUUGCCGCCGCCUCUGUCUCUUCCAAAGGGGCCUCCUCACUUCGGAGAUGCAGUGACAAGUUAAUAUGGGCGUCCAAGCCUCUGUUUCCCAGGAGGAAAUUUGCAAGAGGCGGCAGCCCCUGAGCGCCCAGAGCUCUUGAAAGGCCACCCAGGAGAGGUGUGAGACCCGGCUGCAGCAUCCGUCCAGGUGGGACCCGCUGAGCGCCGUGGCCAGUCCCCCAUUCCCAUCCCGGCACCCCAAAGGCGCGCUCGCCCGAUUGCCUCGAGUUCCCCGACCUGGGGAUUUUUUUUUCAGCCGCUGGUGGUGGGCGCCUCGUGGGCUAAGGCCCGGCGCCUGCUCUGCUACCCGCGCUGCCUUUAGCGGUCGCCCCCGCCGCCGCUGCCAGGGACGUGCUGGGAAAGCCCAAGCCCCGGGAGAAGAUGCCGGCCAUCCUGGUCGCCUCCAAAAUGAAGUCGGGACUGCCCAAACCCGUGCACAGCGCCGCGCCCAUCCUGCACGUGCCCCCGGCCCGGGCCGGCCCCCAGCCCUGCUACCUGAAGUUGGGAAGCAAGGUGGAGGUGAGCAAGACCACCUAUCCUAGCCAGAUCCCCCUGAAAUCGCAGGUGCUGCAGGGGCUGCAGGAGCCAGCGGGGGAGGGGCUCCCGCUGCGGAAGAGCGGCUCGGUGGAAAACGGGUUCGAUACCCAGAUCUACACAGACUGGGCCAAUCAUUAUCUAGCCAAAUCUGGCCACAAGCGUCUCAUCAAGGAUCUCCAGCAAGAUGUGACAGAUGGCGUCCUCCUGGCCCAGAUUAUCCAGGUUGUGGCAAAUGAAAAGAUUGAAGACAUCAAUGGCUGUCCGAAGAACAGAUCCCAAAUGAUUGAAAACAUAGAUGCCUGCUUGAAUUUCCUGGCAGCUAAGGGAAUAAACAUCCAGGGGCUGUCUGCAGAAGAGAUCAGGAAUGGAAACCUCAAGGCCAUUCUAGGCCUCUUCUUCAGCCUCUCCCGAUACAAGCAGCAGCAGCAGCAGCCCCAGAAGCAGCACCUCUCCUCACCUCUGCCGCCCGCCGUGUCCCAGGUGGCCGGGGCCCCCUCCCAGUGCCAGGCUGGCACCCCUCAGCAGCAGGUGCCAGCCGCUCCCCAAGCCCUGUGCCAGCCUCACCAGCCAGCGCCACAUCAGCAGUCAAAAGCACAAGCUGAAAUGCAGUCCAGACUUCCAGGUCCUACCGCGAGGGUAUCCGCUGCAGGCAGCGAGGCCAAAACACGUGGAGGGUCAACUACUGCUAACAACCGACGCAGCCAGAGCUUUAACAACUAUGAUAAAUCCAAACCAGUCACCUCUCCGCCCCCACCGCCAAGCAGCCACGAGAAAGAGCCUUUGGCAAGCUCAGCCUCCUCCCACCCCGGAAUGAGUGACAAUGCACCUGCUUCUUUGGAGAGCGGCAGCAGCUCCACCCCUACGAAUUAUAGCACCUCCUCGGCCAUCCCGCAGCCCGGUGCAGCCACCAAGCCUUGGCGCAGCAAAUCCCUCAGCGUGAAGCACAGUGCCACGGUAUCCAUGCUCUCAGUCAAGUCUCCUGGGCCUGAGGCUCCCAGGCCCACACCUGAAGCCAUGAAGCCAGCCUCCAACAAUCAGAAGUCCAUGCUGGAAAAGCUGAAACUUUUCAACAGUAAAGGGGGCUCAAAGGCAGGUGAGGGCCCGGGGUCCCGGGACACAAGCUGUGAGCGGCUGGAGACUCUGCCCAGCUUCGAAGAGAGCGAGGAGCUGGAGGCCGCCAGUCGCAUGCUCACCACCGUGGGCCCUGCUUCAAGCAGCCCUAAGAUUGCACUCAAGGGCAUUGCCCAGAGGACUUUUAGCCGGGCGCUGACCAACAAGAAGAGUUCUCCGAAAGGCAAUGAGAAAGAGAAGGAGAAACAACAGCGGGAGAAGGAUAAGGAGAAAAGCAAGGACCUUGCCAAGAGAGCCUCUGUGACGGAGAGGCUGGACCUUAAGGAGGAGCCAAAAGAAGACCCCAGUGGAGCAGCCUUGCCCGAGAUGCCAAAAAAGUCCUCCAAGAUCGCCAGCUUCAUCCCCAAAGGGGGGAAGCUCAACAGUGCCAAGAAGGAGCCCAUGGCCCCUUCCCACAGUGGAAUACCAAAACCAGGAAUGAAGAGCAUGCCUGGGAAAUCCCCAAGUGCCCCAGCGCCUUCCAAGGAAGGGGAGCGGAGCCGGAGUGGGAAGCCGAGUUCAGGGCUCCCCCAGCAGAAGCCCCAGCUGGACGGCAGACACUCCAGUUCCUCUUCCAGCCUGGCGUCCUCAGAAGGAAAAGGCCCAGGAGGGACCACCCUGAACCACAGCAUCAGCAGCCAGACCGUCAGUGGGUCCAUCGGGACCACCCAGACCACAGGAAGCAAUACCGUCAGUGUUCAGCUACCUCAGCCCCAGCAGCAAUACAACCAUCCCAACACUGCCACGGUCGCACCUUUCCUGUACAGGUCUCAGACGGACACUGAAGGGAAUGUUACCGCCGAGUCAGGCUCAACGGGUGUGAGCAUGGAGCCCAGCCACUUCACCAAGACUGGACAGCCUGCUCUGGAAGAACUCACUGGGGAAGAUCCUGAGGCUCGGCGGCUGCGGACAGUGAAGAACAUCGCUGAUCUGCGGCAGAAUUUGGAGGAAACCAUGUCCAGUUUAAGGGGAACUCAGGUUACACACAGCACAUUGGAAACCACGUUUGACACCAAUGUCACCACGGAGAUGAGUGGCCGCAGCAUACUCAGCUUGACAGGGAGGCCCACACCUCUGUCCUGGAGACUGGGCCAGUCCAGCCCUCGGCUCCAAGCAGGAGAUGCCCCCUCAAUGGGCAACGGGUACCCCCCUCGAGCCAACGCCAGCCGGUUCAUCAACACUGAGUCAGGUCGCUACGUGUACUCCGCCCCUCUGAGAAGGCAGCUGGCCUCCCGGGGCAGCAGCAUCUGCCACGUGGACGUCUCAGACAAGGCGGGAGAUGAGAUGGACCUGGAAGGCAUCAGCAUGGACGCCCCUGGCUACAUGAGCGAAGGGGACGUUCUGAGCAAGAACAUCCGGACCGAUGACAUUACAAGCGGAUACAUGACUGAUGGUGGACUUGGCCUCUACACCCGUCGCCUGAACCGGCUCCCUGAUGGGAUGGCUGUGGUACGGGAGACGCUGCAACGAAAUACCUCCCUGGGCCUCGGAGACGCUGACAGCUGGGACGACAGCAGCUCCGUCAGCAGUGGCAUCAGCGACACCAUAGACAACCUCAGCACUGAUGACAUCAACACCAGCUCCUCCAUCAGCUCUUAUGCCAACACACCUGCCUCCUCUCGAAAAAACCUGGAUGUGCAGACUGAUGCUGAGAAGCACUCACAGGUGGAGAGGAAUUCACUGUGGUCUGGUGAUGAUGUCAAGAAAUCAGACGGAGGCUCAGACAGCGGCAUAAAAAUGGAGCCAGGUUCCAAGUGGAGGCGGAAUCCUUCUGACGUGUCUGACGAGUCCGACAAAAGCACGUCCGGCAAGAAGAAUCCUGUCAUCUCCCAGACAGGCUCAUGGCGGCGAGGCAUGACAGCUCAGGUGGGCAUCACCAUGCCAAGGACGAAGCCGUCAGCACCAGCAGGCGCACUGAAGACCCCAGGAACUGGAAAAACAGACGAUGCAAAGGUGUCUGAGAAAGGACGGCUUUCUCCUAAAGCCUCCCAGGUGAAGCGCUCCCCAUCAGAUGCAGGCCGGAGCAGUGGUGACGAAUCCAAAAAGCCCCUCCCCAGCAGCUCUAGGACACCCACUGCCAAUGCCAACAGCUUUGGGUUCAAGAAGCAGAGUGGUUCCGCCGCCGGUCUGGCCAUGAUCACAGCCAGUGGGGCCACUGUCACCAGCAGGUCAGCCACACUGGGCAAAAUCCCAAAGUCGUCUGCACUCAUCAGUCGGUCUGCUGGUCGGAAGUCAAGCAUGGACGGGGCUCAGAAUCAGGAUGACGGGUAUCUGGCCCUCAGCUCCCGGACAAACCUUCAGUACCGGAGUUUGCCGAGGCCCAGUAAGUCCACCAGCCGGAAUGGGGCUGGGAACAGGUCUAGCACCAGCAGCAUAGAUUCCAACAUCAGCAGCAAGUCCGCAGGCCUGCCAGUGCCCAAACUGAGGGAGCCUUCCAAAACAGCCCUAGGCAGCUCUCUACCAGGUCUGGUCAACCAAACAGAUAAGGAGAAAGGCAUCUCAUCCGACAACGAGAGUGUGGCUUCCUGUAACUCGGUGAAAGUGAACCCGGCAGCCCAGCCUGUGUCCAGCCCGGCUCAGGCUGGUCUCCAGCCUGGAGCCAAGUACCCAGAUGUGGCCUCUCCCACACUCCGCAGACUCUUUGGUGGGAAGGCUACCAAGCAAGUGCCCAUCGCCACAGCUGAAAACAUGAAAAAUUCGGUGGUCAUCUCCAAUCCUCAUGCCACCAUGACUCAGCAAGGUAACCUAGACUCCCCGUCAGGCAGUGGUGUCCUGAGCAGCGGGAGCAGCAGUCCUCUCUACAGCAAGAAUGUGGACCUCAACCAGUCUCCGCUAGCCUCCAGCCCCAGCUCAGCCCACUCGGCCCCUUCCAACAGCCUCACCUGGGGCACCAACGCCAGCAGCUCCUCCGCAGUUAGCAAGGAUGGCCUGGGCUUUCAGUCUGUCAGCAGCCUCCACACCAGCUGUGAGUCCAUCGACAUCUCCCUCAGCAGUGGAGGGGGCCCCAGCCACAAUUCUUCCACUGGCCUCAUCACCUCCUCCAAGGACGACUCCUUGACUCCCUUUGUCAGAACCAACAGUGUGAAGACCACACUGUCAGAAAGCCCUCUCUCUUCCCCUGCUGCUAGCCCUAAGUUCUGCAGAAGUACUCUGCCCAGGAAACAGGACAGUGACCCGCACCUUGAUAGGAACACUUUGCCUAAGAAAGGACUCAGGUAUACUCCCACCUCCCAGCUUCGCACGCAAGAAGAUGCAAAAGAAUGGUUACGGUCCCACUCUGCAGGAGGCCUGCAGGACACCGCUUCCAAUUCCCCCUUUUCCUCUGGCUCCAGCGUGACUUCUCCCUCUGGUACAAGAUUCAACUUUUCCCAGCUUGCGAGUCCCACCACUGUCACCCAGAUGAGCUUGUCCAACCCGACCAUGCUGAGGACCCACAGCCUCUCCAAUGCUGAUGGGCAGUAUGAUCCAUACACUGACAGCCGCUUCCGGAAUAGCUCCAUGUCCCUGGAUGAGAAGAGCAGAACCAUGAGCCGUUCGGGCUCAUUCCGGGAUGGGUUUGAAGAAGUUCAUGGAUCCUCACUCUCCUUGGUUUCCAGUACGUCGUCAAUUUAUUCUACACCAGAAGAAAAAUGCCAGUCAGAGAUUCGCAAACUGCGGCGGGAACUGGAUGCCUCCCAGGAGAAAGUUUCAGCUUUGACCACCCAGCUGACAGCAAAUGCUCACCUUGUGGCAGCCUUUGAACAGAGUCUUGGUAACAUGACAAUCAGACUCCAGAGUCUGACCAUGACAGCCGAGCAGAAGGAUUCAGAACUGAAUGAGUUAAGAAAAACCAUUGAGCUGCUAAAGAAACAGAACGCAGCUGCCCAGGCUGCCAUUAAUGGAGUAAUUAACACACCUGAGCUCAACUGCAAAGGAAAUGGCACUGCCCAGUCUGCAGACCUCCGCAUCCGCAGGCAGCACUCCUCAGACAGCGUCUCUAGCAUCAACAGCGCCACCAGCCACUCCAGCGUGGGCAGCAACAUAGAGAGUGACUCAAAGAAGAAGAAGAGGAAGAACUGGGUCAAUGAGUUACGCAGCUCCUUCAAGCAAGCUUUCGGGAAGAAGAAGUCCCCCAAAUCUGCGUCCUCUCAUUCAGACAUUGAGGAGAUGACGGAUUCUUCUUUGCCUUCCUCACCAAAGUUACCACACAACGGGUCCACAGGUUCCACCCCACUGCUGAGGAAUUCUCACUCCAACUCUCUGAUUUCAGAAUGCACGGAUAGUGAAGCUGAGACCGUCAUGCAGCUCCGAAAUGAGUUGAGAGACAAGGAGAUGAAGCUGACGGACAUCCGCUUAGAAGCUCUCAGUUCUGCCCACCAGCUAGACCAGCUCCGGGAGGCCAUGAACAGGAUGCAGAGUGAAAUAGAGAAGCUGAAAGCCGAGAAUGAUCGGCUGAAAUCAGAGUCUCAAGGCAGUGGCUGCAGCCGGGCUCCUUCCCAAGUGUCCAUCUCUGCCUCCCCAAGGCAGUCCAUGGGCCUCUCCCAGCACAGCUUGAACCUCACUGAGUCAACCAGCCUGGACAUGUUGCUGGAUGACACUGGUGAAUGCUCGGCUCGGAAGGAAGGAGGCAGGCAUGUUAAGAUAGUUGUCAGCUUUCAGGAGGAAAUGAAGUGGAAGGAGGAUUCCAGACCACACCUCUUUCUUAUUGGCUGCAUUGGAGUUAGUGGCAAGACGAAGUGGGAUGUGCUCGAUGGGGUGGUUAGACGGCUGUUCAAAGAAUACAUCAUUCAUGUCGACCCAGUGAGUCAGCUAGGGCUGAAUUCAGACAGUGUUCUUGGCUACAGCAUUGGAGAAAUCAAGCGCAGCAACACUUCCGAAACACCGGAGCUGCUUCCUUGUGGCUAUCUGGUUGGAGAGAACACAACCAUCUCAGUGACUGUGAAAGGGCUCGCAGAAAACAGCCUGGACUCACUGGUGUUUGAGUCCUUGAUUCCCAAGCCCAUCCUGCAGCGCUACGUCUCCCUCCUGAUAGAGCACCGUCGGAUCAUUCUCUCUGGCCCCAGCGGCACUGGGAAAACCUACCUGGCCAACCGGCUGUCUGAAUAUAUGGUGCUUCGAGAGGGACGGGAGUUGACAGACGGGGUUAUCGCCACUUUUAACGUGGACCAUAAGUCCAGCAAGGAAUUGCGCCAGUACCUGUCCAACCUUGCUGACCAGUGCAACAGUGAGAACAAUGCUGUGGACAUGCCCCUCGUCAUCAUCCUGGACAAUCUACACCACGUGAGCUCUCUGGGCGAGAUCUUCAACGGGCUGCUCAACUGCAAGUACCACAAAUGCCCUUACAUAAUUGGCACAAUGAACCAGGCUACCUCUUCGACUCCCAACCUGCAGCUUCACCAUAACUUCAGAUGGGUGCUUUGUGCCAACCACACGGAGCCUGUGAAGGGUUUCCUUGGCCGGUUCCUGAGGAGGAAGCUCAUGGAAACAGAGAUCAGUGGGCGGGUGCGCAAUAUGGAGCUGGUAAAAAUCAUCGACUGGAUUCCCAAGGUCUGGCAUCACCUCAACCGCUUCCUGGAGGCUCACAGUUCCUCGGACGUCACCAUCGGCCCCCGGCUCUUCCUGUCAUGCCCCAUCGAUGUGGACGGCUCGAGAGUGUGGUUCACCGACUUGUGGAACUACUCCAUUAUCCCCUAUCUCCUGGAAGCUGUCAGAGAAGGACUCCAGCUCUAUGGAAGGCGUGCCCCCUGGGAGGAUCCUGCCAAGUGGGUGAUGGACACAUAUCCAUGGGCAGCCAGCCCGCAACAACAUGAGUGGCCUCCCCUGUUGCAGUUACGGCCUGAGGAUGUCGGCUUCGAUGGCUACUCCAUGCCUCGGGAAGGAUCGACAAGCAAGCAGGUGCCCCCCAGUGAUGCUGAAGGCGAUCCGCUGAUGAACAUGCUGAUGAGGCUGCAGGAGGCAGCCAACUACUCCAGCCCCCAGAGCUAUGACAGCGACUCCAACAGUAACAGCCAUCACGAUGACAUCUUGGACUCCUCUUUGGAGUCCACUCUGUGACAGGGGCCCGGAGCCCAGCGCCCUCCUCUUCUCCUCGCCCCGUUCCACCUGCAUCCCCAACAUCAUCCUGAAGUUGACUUCCUGAGCCAGCCCCCAGCCGCAGCCCUGAAGCUGCGGGAACACCGAGACCCCUCAUCCUUCAGCCUCGACCUGGGUGCAGGCAUCCUGGGCCAGCUGCCUGCGGACCGCUUCCUUCCACAGCGAGAACUGCACUACCUUCGGUUGUACUUUAAUUAUUGUUUUGCCUUGUUGCUGUGACCUCCCUAAGACACUGAAGAUACUUCUCGGGAAAGGAUCAUCGCCGUUGAAAUGAAAAGAGAGACAAAAAAAAAAAAAAAAAAAAAAAGUAGAACCCACAUGAAGCUCUGAAACCAAACAGCAUCCUGACAUAAGCUUCCCAGGGACAGAAGAGACUGGAGCAAAGUUGGAAACACAGAGAAGCACGGCUUCCCCUCAGCGCAGACCCUCCAGACUGGGUUUCAGAGCCACACCACCCACCCUCCCACACAGUCGGCCACAGGGAGAACUGGUGCUAACCAGGGUGCUUGCUUUGGUCACGUUCAACGCACUACAGAGCUACGACACAGGGAAACCUUAGGAGAAAAUAAACCAUGCUUUCAUGUUUUUUAAAUGGUGCUUUCCUUACUCGAGAGGUAUUUUGCCUGUUCCAAUCCAACCACCCCAUUCAGGUCCAUCAGCCUCUGAUUAAUCCGUGAGAGAGUGAAGGAGUGAGAGUGUGAGCGAGUGGAUGUGGCUGUCAGUGCAGAAUGGCAUGCGUCUGUUUCCUUCUGAUAUAUGAAUGAAUCAGGUGGUGGUUUUUUUUUUUGUUUUUUUGUUUUUUCCUGCAAACACUGUGUAUAGUGAGACUUGUUCUACUUUGGAGAACAGAUUACCUUUUGAAAAUGAGGUUGAGUUUCUUCCUUUCUGAUGCAUUGAUUUUUGAAGAUUUUUUCCCCCUUCCCCUCUUGGUCAGAAUCAAUCCUUUGGUGAAAGUAAGAACCGCAGGAGUUGAGUUUCGGUUUGGUCCUGCUCAGUUUUGGUUUUUAGUUGUCCAUCCUCACAGUCCUACACACUCGCCUCCUCCUGCUAGGGCUGGGGUCAUCUGUGUCCUUUAAAAUGGAUGAGGACCCAGUCCUCGACAUGUGGGUGAGCCAUGGACCUUGCCUUCCCUUCUCAUCCUUGAGGGUUUAGAACACACACCAACACCUCCAGCGCCCCCGCCCCAGCUUCCAGUGGAGUGAUGAGGUCACCCCGCAAAAGACUUGCACUUUCCUCAGAACCAACAUGAUGCAGCUCAACAAGGGUGAGUGUCACCCCCUCCCAGAAGCCCCGUCUGGACGAGCCUUGCCUGACCUCUUCGGUGCUGACCUUCCCAAAGUGAUGCCUUACUGGUUUUGUACUAACUGUGUUCAUUUUACAUAAGUGUCGUGCCUGCCCGGGGUUUGUUUUUUUGUCAUUGUUUCCCCCAUUGAAACAAACAGGGCUAAAGAGUCAUCUGUUCAUUAGGAGAACUCAAGUUGCUGUGACUUUUCUCAUCCGAAAGACUCAUUCGUGUGGAUGCGUGACCAUGGGAAAAAGAAAAAAAAAAAGAUCCAUUUUUUAGGUUCUUAUCAGUCUCCAGCUGACAACCCAACUGGACAGGGAUCUGUCUGGUACAGGAGAAGGCAAAAGCUUCUACAAUCUACAUGACCUUGCUGAUACUUGCUCUAAUAGAAACCCAGUCUGCUGUGUCUUCAACAUACUGGUAUUUUCGUUACAAAGUAUGAUACAUUUUUGAGUUGUUUGUUUCUGUUUUAUAAAGAGAAUCUUUAUUGGACACCAGUGAAGGUGUCUCUGUUUUAAUGAUCAGGGUUUUUAUUCCAUCUUUUGCAUUUCUAUUUCUGAAGAUUUGUCUCUUGGCAUCUUUUUUUAGUUUCUUACCGUAAGAGUUUGACCCGAAACUGCUCACUUCGUAUUGGAUGACACCAUGUUCUUCCUCUUUAAAAAGAAAAGGGGAAUGUGUCCCACUAGUGAAAGGAAAACUUUUCAACACUGUCCCUGCUUUAAUCUCAGCAAACUCAGACUAUUCUGCUUAGCCUUCAUUAGUCAUCUGGGAAUGAGUGUGUCUUGUUCUGUUUUUGUUUUUAAUAAAACUUUCAAACCAUAUAUUUAGCCUGUGACCAGGGGGGCCAAACCUUAAGAUUUCUGGUAAACCUGAAGGGUGGCCCUCCUUAGACAAUUUAUCUCCCAGCAAUGACCCUACACUCGCGUACUGUGAAUUUGGGAGGAGGUAAAGUUGACUUCUCCUUGUGGGCAGUUUUCCAAUCACCUUGUGAGUAGACACCUGCCAAUAUUGUUUAAAAUCUUUUUUUAAUAUGACAUCCUCCCUUGUCAUUCUCUUCUCCCCUCUCCCACAGACUUCCCUCCCACUGGGUCCAGGUUCAGAACCAAGACUUCUGUACCUGGUGCUGCCUGAUUGGUGAACAUUGACUUCAAGUAGCAUAGCCCUUGUGUGACUCACAACUCAGUGUCCUUCCUAAAGUUUCGGGAAGCAGGGUUGUCUAAUAUGCACAUUUCUUACUUUGGUCAUAUUUUUACUUUAGUGCCACUCACCUUUGACAAAGUGACUUUGUACUCAUUUAGGGCUCUAUUGGAAAUGCUUCCAUUUUGCCUUUUCUACAGUUAGGGCAAUUUUGAAAUGUAUAAAUUCUAUGCAACAUUUAUGUUGAGUUACCAAUGGAAGCCAAAAGUUCUCUUCCCAAACUGCCAAGAAUGAUACAGGCCAUAAGUGAAAUGGGAAUACCUUUUAAGUUUCAUUAGGGGUGGGGUGGGAGUGGGACAGGAACAAGACUUGCCUAGAUCUUUGUUGUAUCUUGGGGACUUUUACUUUGUUGUUUGAUGCUUAAACUUCAAAAUUCUCUGUAUUCAAAUUUGAUUGUGGCGAAUCUACUUCAAAAAGGAAAAAUAAUCCAACUUUGUGGAUAUUAAAUGGAAGGUUUGCUGUUUUGAUCUAGUUGUUUCCAGUGGAGCAGUUUAUGAAAUAUGUUCUAUAAGAUGUACAUUUUUUCAUUGUAACAUAGAAAUUGUAAAUAAUUGAUUAAAGUGCUGCAUUUUGAUGAAUUUUUUCUAGCCAUUUUUAAAGAGAAAACUAGGAAUUGAGUAUUUUGUGUACGGUAUGUUUCCAUCCUCCCUCCCCUUCCUCCUCCUCUCCUUUCUCUCUCCUCACCUAUUUAAUUUUCAUUUGUCAUGAGGUUUUUGGAUUUGCCAAUGAUCUGCUGGACAUCAUGCCCCAUGUCAUAGAGAAGAAAGCUGAUGAUUGUACCAGUCUUAAAUUAUUCAUGAUUCAAUAAAAUUGAUGCUUAUUUAUUCA